AUGGUACCAUCAUCGAUGAUUAACAAUGAUAUACCACUUGCAAAAAAUGCAUGUGUUAUUAGGCCAAAAGUUAAGGCAAAUCUACAUAUAUCCUUAAAAAAUAGAAAGAAUGCAAAGGACGGUGCUGCAAAUAUUUCUCACAAUUUACAAAAUCAUGUUGAAAAUCGUAUUAAGGAAAGAUCGCUGUAUUAUGCUGCUAAGGAAAAAUACUAUAGAAACAAAGGAAAGAAAUAUGAUAAACUUCGUCAAAGUGUUGAAUGUGGAGAAUCUCGUAUAUUGAAAGAAUAUUAUCAUUCACGUAAUCGAAUUAAAAGGUGCUCAAGAAAGCAUAAGAAGCAUAAUUAUGAAAAAUGUUCCGUGUGUAAAAGUCUUGUACAACGAUAUCUUGUAUUAGGGGAAAAUGCCAAUAAAAUUGUUGAAGGAAUUAAUGAAAGGACAAAUGAUAUUAUGUGCAAUUCUAUUUGUGACACAGACCCAAAUUCCAAAAUGAACGAAUUGAUCAAAGAGGAAACAGAAGAAAAAUAUAGUACAAUUAAACGGAUUACACCGACGGCACCAGUUCGAAAAUUUGAUAUUGCCGAGAAUAUUAAAAAUAAUGAUAUCACUAAAUUACCAAAAAAUGAGUCCUUAGAUGGUUUGUAUAUUAACAAUGAAAAAGAUUUGGAUUCUUAUGAUUUAUCAAAUAUGAAAAAUAUUGUACUUUCACACGAUAAGAAAUUAGGGGAUACUUAUAUUAUAUCGGACAAAAAUAUUAUAUGUGAUUUAGAAAAUAAAGUAGAACAAAAAGGCAAUAAUUAUCCAUUGGUUAAAUGCGAAAAUCAAUUUAAUGAAAAUCAAAGCUGUGCAAACAUAGAAUCUAAUGACAUAUCAAAAAAGAAACACAUGUACACAAUUUUUACUGACCUCAAUGUUUCUGAAAUCAUAGAUUUGAUGAAUAGAAAACCAUCGAAUAUCACAAAUGUUAAGAAAGAACAAUCACAACUCAACACCGCUUUAGAUGAAAUAGAACAAAAAAUUCUUUUAAAAAAGUUAUCUGAUCAAUCAUUUAAUUCAGAAAAUUACACAGUAGAUAGCAAGGAAUGCGUGAAAUUAGAAAAAAAAAGAAAGUUGAAGAAAACUGUUUCAAAUUUGGUUAAGCUUCCUGAAGAAGGUGAUGUUGAUAAUGAAUCAAAUUGCUCAUAUAAAAGUUCUGGUAGUUCAUCACGUUGUUUUAAAAGAGGGAAAACUAUAUUAAAAAAGAAAUCGUCUUCAAGUUGUUAUAAUAGUGAUAAUAAUAAUAAUGAUAAGUUUACUCAGGUUGAAAAUUUAAAAGAACUGAAGGAAAAGAAAUCCUAUAAAAAUAAGUAUGCCCCAAAUGAAUUAAUUGGUUCAAAAAAUCACCAGUUUACCAAAAAGACAUUUGUUUCUAGAAAUCCUCAAAUUGAUAAGGAAAUUUAUAAUAAGGAUGAAACUUUAAAAAACUAUAAGGCUAUGAAAAACAAUAUUAAUAGUAAUUCUGAAGCAUCUAUAACAUCAUAUGAGAAUGUUGAGAAUGGAAAAGAUGUAUGUAACUCAUUUAAGUUAUCUAAUCAAACAACAUCAUUAGGAAGUAGUGCGGUGUCAGGAAAAAACAUCUCUUUGGAAACAUAUCAAAAAGAAAAAUUUUAUUGCGAGCAGUUAGAGAAUGAAAUUAUUAGUGAGAAUGAAAUUAUUAGUGAGGAUGAAAUUAUUAGUGAGGAUGAAAUUGUUAGUGAGAAUGAAAUUGUUAGUGAGAAUGAAAUUAUUAGUGAGGAUGAAAUUGUUAGUGAAAAUGAAAUUAUUAGUGAGGAUGAAAUUAUUAGUGGGGAUGAAAUUAUUAGUAAGGAUGAAAUUGUUAGUGAGGAUGAAAUUGUUAGUGAAAAUGAAAUUAUUAGUGAAAAUGAAAUUAUUAGUGAGGAUGAAAUUUUUAGUGAAAAUGAAAUUAUUAGUGAGGAUGAAAACUAUGUAAAAAAUGAGCAUUAUAAUGAAAAUUAUUACAAUGAAAAAUCUGACUUAGGAUACCAUUAUAGUGAUGGAAAAUUAUUUUAUGAAAGCUAUAAAUUAAAAAAAGAUAGUAAUACAAAAAAAAUCGAUGAUGAACAACCAGAGGCAGAGACACCUAUAAAAAUGAGUAAGAACGAUAAAAUUAAAGAAAUACAUUAUUCUAAUACAAAGAAAGAUCAUGUGAAUAAUUUAACACAAGAAGAACACCGCAAAUUACUUGAAUAUUAUGACGGAACAUUACCAUCAACAUUUUAUAACGAGGAAAAUUUUGAAAAUCCAUUUAAAACAAACGACGAAGGUUCAGAAGAAGAACCAGAUUACUCAAAUUUAUUUUUGGGGUCUUUUGAUAUUAAUAAGAAAGAUGAAAUCGAAGAAAAUUCAGCUAUAGAGCCAACAAAUAACAAAUUUACUAGCGCCUUUUUUCCAUCAAGCUUUUUUAACCCAGAUGAACCUAUUAUUGCUAGUGAACUAUUUGGAUUACCCAAUACUGAGAAUAAUGAUCUAUAUACCCCUGUAAAACUUAAGAAUUCAUUUGAAACUACAAAAGAUAAUUUAAAUACAAAGAAAGUUAAUAAUAAUACAGUAGAAAAAACAGAUAGACCAAUUAUUAAAGAAGUAAAAAAUGAUUCACGUAAAAGAAGUAAACAUGUUAUAUUUGAUGAAUCAUCACCAAGAAGUAAUAAGAAAUUUAAAUACUCCAAUAAUUAUAUGAGCAUUAAUAAUGCAGUAGAAAAAAAUGAUGAUCAAGUUGCUCAAUAUGAAGAAGAAAACAGACAAAAUUUACUUAAAGACACACAACGUGCUAAAUUAUAUGGUUCUAUAAUUAAAAAAAACUGCAAGCUUAUGACUUAUGGUCAAAAUAAGGAUUACGAUAAUGUACCAAAAGAAAGUAAUAAAAAAAGGGUUCGAUUUCAAAGCGAAGUGACAAUAAUACCUAACUUACCCCCCAAAAAAAAUUAUAUCGAUUUUCCUAAUUUAAUUAAUGAAAACAAUAAUAUGCUUAUUUCUUAUGGACAAAAUAGAAAUAUUAAUCAUGUAAUAGAAAGACAGGGUAACCCAAAUGUUCCAAUUAAAAAAGAAAUAAAAUUUAAUCCAUCAAAAUUCGAUAAUGUGAAUAAUAAUAUUAUGGAUUUAAAUACUGUAACUAAUAAUAAUUCCACAAAUAUAUACAUGAAUUCGGUUAAUGAUAUGUGCCAAAAUAGAGGAAUAUGUACUCCUAUUCAUAUGACCCAUCAAAAUAUAGAAAUAAAUAAAAAUAAUAACGAAAAUUUCCAAAGUAGAGAAACAGAAAGCCUUAGUAAAUCGUUACAAAAAAGAGACAUGUAUUUAAAGCAAGGGUUGUAUAAAGAUAUCGGAAUGGAUCUCAUUAAUGUAGUACAUAAACUUAGAGAAGCAAAAGCCAUUAGUGAAGAGCAUGAAGAGAAAAAAAUCGAGCCCACUAAUGAAUUAUACAAAAAUAUAGGCAUUGAUUCGAAUGGUGAAGCUCCAGCGACAACAGAAUUUAAAAAUGUUGAUGAAAUACUUGCAGAGAACAAACGUCAAAUUCUUAAUCAUUAUUUAAUGUUAGACAAAGCUGAAGCCCUUAAGAAAACACAAGAAAUUAAAAAUAGUACUGAUGAAAUUUUAAUAAAGAAAGAAAAAGAAGAACCUAUUGUAUUUAACAAUAAUAAUUUGAGUCCUUUAAAUUCAAGAAAACGGGCACUUAGUGAGAAACCUAAGCCCCCAAAAAAAUAUACAAAGAAAAUACUGAAAAGAAAUGUAAAUAAGAGUGACUCAUUUGCACCAUCUCAAAGCCACCAUUCUUUAUCUGAUAAUAAAAAUAUAUAUGCCAAAAAUGACAUGACAACCACAAAGUCGCCAGAAAAAUCCCCUAAUAUAAGCGAUUCUAACGAAAAUAGUCAUUAUAGCGAAGGUGGUGCUACUGAUUCGUCUGCCGCAGCACAGUCAUCAGUAGAUAAAAUGUAUGAGAGAUAUCUUAAAUAUGCUGGUACCAAACGAGAUUGGGAAAAUAGGUUUGUCGAGGGUCGAUCAAAUCCAUUUAGUAAUGGCCAGCCAUACCAUAACGAUAUAUUAGAAAAGCAUACUUCCUGCUUAAUAUCGGAACGCACACAAAGACAUCUAGAAAGACGAUCAUAUGAAUUUCAAAAAAAAAAAGAAAGAGAAAGCAUGAAUCGAAAUUUGACAAAAAGACCCAUAGUAGAAACUCCUAAAGUCAAAGAGUAUAAUUGUAAGGUACUUACAGAAUAUUGGGAUUGGGAUAAUGAAAAAACCAAAGAAUUUUGGAAUUGGGAUAAAAACGAUAAUUUAAAUUUUUGGAAAAUGGAUUAUGAAAGUGCUAAAAAAUUUUGGAUGUGGGAUAAAGAAAAGGAAGAAACAUGUGAAAAUAUAUCAAAUAACACAAUGAAUUUAGAAAAUGAUGAUAUAUUAAAUAUUAUACAAGAAAUUAUAGAAUCUCGAAAUAUCAACAUCCCAACUACAAAUACCCAAAAUCUAGAAAAAAGUAUCAACAUGUCAACAAGUACCCAAAUUCUAGAAAAAAAUAACUAUAUACCAGAAAAAAAUAUUCCAACAACACCAACAAAAAAUAUUCAGACACCAAAAAAUACUCCAACAACGCCAAAAAAUACUACAACACAAACAAAAAACACUCCAACAACACCAAAAAAUACUCCAACAACGCCAAAAAAUACUACAACACAAACAAAAAACACUCCAACAAAAACAAAAAACACUCCAACAACACCAAAAAAUAUUCAGACACCAAAAAAUACUCCAACAACGCCAAAAAAUACUACAACACAAACAAAAAACACUCCAACAACACCAAAAAAUACUCCAACAACGCCAAAAAAUACUACAACACAAACAGAAAACACUCCAGCACCAAAAAAUAUUACAACACCAAAAAAUACUCCAACAACGCCAAAAAAUACUACAACAAAAACAGAAAAUAUUCCAUCACAAACAAAAAACACUCCAUCACAAACAGAAAAUACUACAACACCAAAAAAUACUCCAGUACAAACAAAAAACACUCCAGCACCAAAAAAUACUCCAACACAAACAAAAAACACUCCAUCACAAACAGAAAAUACUACAACACCAAAAAAUACUCCAGUACAAACAAAAAACAUUCCAGCACCAAAAAAUACUCCAACACAAACAAAAAACACUCCAUCACAAACAGAAAAUACUACAACACCAAAAAACACUCCAUCACAAACAGAAAAUACUACAACACCAAAAAACACUCCAUCACAAACAGAAAAUACUACAACACCAAAAAAUACUCCAGCACAAACAAAAAAUAUUACAACACAAACAGAAACUACCUCUAUACCAAAAAAAACAGCCUCUAAACAAACAAGAACAGUCUCUACACAAACAGAAACUACAUACAUACCAACAAAAACAGCCUCUACACCAACAAAAAAAAAGUCCGAAAACAAAAAUACAUUGCAUAAAAGUCCUUGGAAAUAA